AAAGGCACAACCCUGUGGCGAUAACCCUUCAUCUGCCAUUCUGAGUUCUGUCAUCACCAACCAGUCAGCCAUGCCUCCACGUUCUUCUUCUUCCAGGAAGAAAUCCAACAGACAACUCAAGAAAGCUAAUAAUAAGCAUUUCCCUUCACAACCCAACCACCAUUCUUCGUCUGCUGUUCAAAAUCAAUCCCGAGGCGAGCUUGAUCCGAAUAUCCUCAGAGAACAAAAUGGGCGAAAUGGGAAUUGUCAUGUGAGACCCAAUAAUGAUAAGUGUCAGUCUUUGGUAGUUGAAGAGAAGAAGAAAAGGGGGUUGUCUGUCACUGCAGCUCAUAACGAAAUGGAAGGAUCAGUGGAAGAGACCCGAAAAUUAGUAGAAGAAUCUCAGAGUGAAGAAAAACAGGUGGUUGCUGCUGUUGAAGAAGAGGUCAAAACAGUUGUUGAAUCUGCUGCUGCAGGUGAAGUUGUUGCUGAAACCCAAAAAGCUGAAGAAGAAGAAGAUUCAAAAACUGUGGAACAGAAUCCACUUUUUGAAGCAGAGAAAAUUAAAGAUGCUCAUGAGCUUAUUGUUGAAGAUAUAAAAGAACUAGAAGCAGAAUUGAAGCAGGAAGAGAAGCAGGGGAUAGAUUCUCAAGAGGCUGGGCGGAUUGAUGAGCCUUCUCCAGCUAUAGAGACUGAAACAGUAGUUGAAGCAGCAACUGAAGUUGAUGGAUCAUCAUUCAUUGAAACCAGUGAGGCAUUGAUGAUUAGUAAGUCCUCUGUGCCUCAAACUGAUAUGGCAUCAGGGGCUAUUGAGGAGAAACCAGAAGAAUCUGCAGAAACAACUAUUGUGAUAGCAGAAGAAUCUGGAGAAACACUUCUUGUGAUAUCAGAAGAAACUGAAGAAACACCUAUUGUGAAACCAGAAGAGCCUCUUGUGGUGCCAGAAGAAACUGUAGGAACACCUCUUGUGAAACCAGAAGAAUCUGGAGAAACACCUAUUGUGAAACCAAAAGAAUCUGGAGAAACAAAAUUAGCAGCUGAAGAACAGAAAGUAGAGGAAUCAACAAUUGUCAGAGAAUCAUCAAAAGAAGAAGAAGAAGCUAAAGAAUCGUUGCCACCUUCAGAUGUGGCUGCUGCUGAAACAACUACUACCACAAUGCAGGAAAAGACAGAAAUGCCUGCAAGCACUGAAUCUCAGCAAACCACUGUAAAUCCAGCUCCACGAGAACGCACAUCUUGGACCAGUUGCUGUGGAAUUUUUGACUUUCUAUGCCGAUGAUAGAUCAGAUAAGGUGAGUAACAAUAUUUUCUGACUUGUUACUGAUCGUAGGAUUGGAAUUGUGAAUUUUAAAGAGUUAAAACUACUUUUAGUUCGACCAUCAAUUUGGAUCAUUGACUUUGAAUUUUAAACACCAUGCUUCUGAAUAAUUGAUCAACAUACUGAUUUGACAGAACUAUGAUAUAAACAUAUCAAUUAAACUUAGAACUUAUCCAGUGAGUCUUGAUCGAUGACUUUAAGGAUAAACAGCCUGAGAUAUGAUCAAGACUUGUUACAUUUGUUUCUAUUGUUGAAGUUUUACCUUUUUUUAUGUCUAUUGUUGCCUGAAUUUGGAUCCCCUGAAGCCCUUCGUAAGGUGAAAUAGAGAGAAAUAGGAACAAGAUUGUGUGGGUUUAUAUGUGUCAAAGUGGGAUCUACCAUUCUGUUUAUUUCUAUCUUUACAUGACGCUAUGAAGAAAUUGAGAGAAUCCAAGAAAGAAAACAUUUGCAUUUACAAAUAUUUUGCUAACUUGAUUUUUCAUGGUAAUA